AUGGACCUUGCGCAAACACAAGAGCUCACGUACAAGAGAAAGAUGGAGGUGAUCAUCCGCCUCCAUCAACUCACGAUCCUUGGCAAGCUGCCGCGUGGUGCCUUCACGUCAACAGCCACGCACUUCAAUCUUCAUCGAACCACUGUGUCCAAAAUCUGGAACUCAUACUCGACCAACUGCAUGAUGCCGUCGUCCAAGCUAGGCCGCGUCGGGCGCAAGGAGGUCUACGAUGUGGAAACAGUCACGGCCCGCCACCGGCGUGCCAACAACGACCCUCCAUAA